AUGGACACUGGGAUGGAUGUGAAUGCUGCAAUCGAUCACCAAUCGUUGAAACAUGCAGUUCCUCAGCAACAACUGCCUUCUAUAAGGCAAUUUUUAUCAUUGGGUCGUGCAAAGAAACCCAACAGCACUGCAGCCAUCAUCCAUACUGCAGCUCAUAGUACUUCUACUAGUCCUACUGGACCAUCUCUCACUCCUACCAAGAGUAGGCUAAGCACCAGCAGUAGUGUUUCCAGCAAUAGCAACAAUCAUACUGCUGCUGUCCCUAUAAAUCAUGACUCGCAAACUCAUUCACCCGAACCACACAGUUCCGAUUCUUCAUUGGAAAAAGAACUUCGUGGUAUUUUAGAAGGUCCUCGAUGGGCCAUAGUUUACAAAGACCUGCCUCGACUUGCCGAUCGAGUACAGAUUCGAAAUUCCGACGGAACAUUGCGACGCCCAAAAAACAUUCAUCAGCAGUAUGUAAUUGGCAAGCCUAGUACUGCUACUGAAGAUAACCCACUGGCGGUCAAGGCGCCAUCUGCCAAUUCCACUCAUUCCAUAAGUUCACUUGGUGUAGCUACAUUGCCACAAGGACCAACAGCCUCAUCCAAUAUUCAGCAGCCAUUAUCCGACCAGAGUACGGCCACUAAAUCUACUGAAGCGAUUAAUACGACUACGGCCACUCAACUGCUAUUAGAUGUAGCUUCUCAGCUGGAACAGCCUGCUAUUGUUUGCGCUAUGCACCAAGCCAUCGUUGACCAUCCCGAUCUUAGUAUUGGCGAUACGUCUGCUGUCAAGUUUCUCAUUGAGCACGUACUGACUCAAAAGUCCCGCACUGCUCGGCUCAUGCGAGCCAUCAACCAGUCGGUAGUUAUCACGGGUACUUGGUAUCUGCAUCAAAAUUUACUGACUCCUGCUGGCGUUCAUGUCAAAGAUGUUCAAGGUGCCGAUGGAUGGAAAGUCCUUCUUGAUUUUCAUAGGGACAGAGCCAUGUUUGUUACUCAUAUUCGACGAGAACAAAGCCUACCAUCAUCGACGGAUGCGUUUGAGUUGGAAUGGAGCAUCCAUCUGUCCUUUGAUGGUGAUGCAGUGUUUCAAGGAGCAAUGCUCAAGCUGUUGUCGUUUGAGAUUGCUCGAGAUCAUCAACACAUGAGCCCUACUCGAGUCAAGGAACUGAUGACCAGAUUCUGUAAUGGCCAUGAAUUGGUAUUGGAGCAGUAUAUCUCGCAACAUUCUGCUACUCUUGGUUCUGCCAUUUCUGGUACUUCUCCCGUUCAGCAACCAUUCAUGUCACUAUCGCGUCCAUCAAAUGUUCACCAACGAGAUACAACUACUUUGCCAUCAUUAUCACCAGCAACUCUUGAAAAACCAAGCCACAGUCCUAGUCUUUUAAAACGAGUCCCUGCCAAUUCUAUGGUGAGUAUUGGAGCCAAUCGUCAAGGAUCCUUUGAAGGUGCUGCUGCUGCUGCUCUUAUUGUCCCUAUGGCAUUUUCUACGCUACCUAAAUCUACUACCAAGCCCAUUCCUGUGCGAUCAUCCUCCGUUGGUGGAUCCAAACAAUGUCCCAAUACAGAAUCUACUCAGCCUUAUAAUGACAGACCAGACACUACUUUAUCUUCAUCAGCUAUUAUUCCUUGCCUUCCUGCAAUUUCUUCGUCACCAUUGCCAUCUCCGACUGCUCUACUGGCCACUGCUUCAGAUGAGUAUGAUGCAUCACAUAUGGCUGACUCCAUUACCACAAAAAGGUCUUUGACCAAGAUCGCCACUCCAUUUAAUAUUCCAGUUCCAAUAUGUCCAUCUCCCAUGAUAUUGUCAUCGCUAUCUCCAUCUCCUGAGCCAUUAGAAGAAAACUCUGUGUUUUUGAAUAAUAGAGUCAAUACAGAUGCUGUAUUGCAUCCUUUUAUACGCGCACCAGAUAAUUGCAUAGACUCAUUACCACAUACUCUUCCACACUCCUUUUCUAUGGCAGUACCAGAAGCACCUGCUGUCCAGCUGUUACCGCCAGGCUUCUUAUCUUCUGCCACUACACUUUUCCCUAAAGAAUCCUCGCAAAGAUCAGAAAAUACAGAACCCGACCUUUUAGCUAUACCUCACAUUAAAGAGAAUAUGCCAACCAUUGAAGUCUCCAAAUCCGAAGCCAGUCUAGAUCAUUACGCUCAUAUGCCAUCCAAUCCACACCUGGCUCCAGCCUUGGAAACUCCGCAAUGUGAUACUUUUCCUCCCCGUCACCAUCGAUCAUAUGAUGAUACACUAUCAUCCAAACACUUGUCUCCAACACGACUUAGGCUUAAAUCGUUUUUAUCGUGGCUGAAACCAGUUUCUGCUGGAUCUGCUCAGUCGAUAAAGCGAAAUGUAUAAAGAAUCAUCUUUUCAAUUAUUGUAGAGUAUAGUCAUGUGUGUUACUUUUUUCCCACUAGAGCUCAUGUUAAACUGAAUGCAUUGAAUGGUGGUCGUAAUAAAGAUACAUACUUGACAAAUUACUCUACGGCUUAUCUGCAAGUAAUGUGUUGGGAUUUACCUACUAAACUCUGCAUUUUCAUCGGUUUGAAGUGAUUUGAUUAAUAUUUACAUCUGUAGCAUAUUUUACAACUGUAUUGACGUAAAGUGAAACACUUGCAGUCCUAUUUUGCUCGAGAAUAAACAAUGGCUAAACAUUCGUUGUUUUUCUACUGGAAAUUGAUUGCUUGAUAAGAAAUCAGUGCACUUUCUGCUUGAAUGAACCAAAAUCUCACCAUAUAAUGCAUUUUCAAAUGGAAGCAAACCAUUCGAGAAACGAUGAGGAAUUAUUUCACCCGUUUUUAUCCAAGUUUUUGACUGUAAACGAUCGACAUGAAUAGUCAAUCUCUAAUGGAUUUGUCAAAAACCGUUAAAGUACUGCUAUAGACUAAAUUCAUAUAUUUAGUUUACUCCAUACAAAUAAACACUGAUUAUAUUAU